AAUUAAGCUACCAAACAGUGGAAACUCUUGAAUCGUCGAACAGCAAUUUUGUUAGGGAUCGAGCUCUGCAACCAUGGUGCAUAGCAAAGCAAGGGCGUCCUCGAAAGGCGCCGAAAAGUCGAAACAUCAACGGCUCAGCAGCGCUCAGCGGUCGGCUUACUUUGCCAGGAGGGAGGCGGCAAAAGUUUUGCGGUGCGUCAUCCAAGGCGACGGCCGGCGCCAAGCUGUCGGCUCCGUCAAGUCCCUCGUCUACGACCCUACUAUUAGGAAUAAAAGAGCAACACUGGCUCUUGUGUGUAAAACCCUCAAGUAUCUUCCUAUCAUAAAGGAUGUGCUGGGGAGUGCUAACAUCCUAAACAAUAGAUGGAAGAGGCAAGAGACGUUGAUUUAUAUAAUAUGUUACGAGAUUCUUUUUGGCCAGGCUAUUUCAUCAGUUGGUGAUGCAGAGAAGUUUCUUAUGCUUCAGAAAGACACUUUACAAGUAGCCUUAGCGCAGCUACUGGUGAGAAAAAAAGUGAGGUGUAUUGAAGACUUGAUGCAUUUGUCUUCUGCUACUGAUCUUAUAAAACCUCGAUACCUCCGUGUAAAUACGCUGAAAAUGGAUGUUGAUUCUGCAAUACUUGAACUAGGGAAACAAUACAAGGUACUGAAAGAUGAUAUGGUUCCUGACUUACUCAUGCUCCCCCCUGGCAGUGAUUUGCAUAGUCAUCCUCUGGUCAUGAAUGGAAGUGUGUUUUUGCAAGGGAGGGCAAGCUCUAUGGUGGCAGCAGUUCUUGAUCCUAAACCUGGAUGGGAGGUUCUUGAUGCAUGUUCAGCUCCUGGCAACAAAACCGUUCAUGUAGCUGCCCUCAUGAGGGGGAAGGGAAAAGUUAUCGCAUGUGAAUUAAAUGGGGAAAGGCUCAAGCGCCUUAAAGAUACUAUCAAAUUAUCUGGGGCAUCUAAUGUUGAAGUUAUGCAUGGAGAUUUUUUGAGCCUAAAUCCAAAUGAUCCUUCAUUCUCCAAGGUCCGUGCUAUUGUUUUAGAUCCUUCCUGUUCUGGAUCUGGAACUGCUGCUGAGAGAUUGGAUCAUCUGCUUCCUUCUUAUGAGGCAGGUCAUUCUUCUGAUGGCAACGAGACAAGGAGAUUGAACAAACUUGCAACCUUUCAAAAGAAGGCUCUUACACAUGCAUUUUCUUUUCCAGGAGUAGAAAGAGUUGUUUACAGCACGUGCUCUAUCCAUCAAAUUGAAAAUGAAGAUGUGAUUAAAUCUGUGUUACCUGUUGCUGAAUCUUACGGUUUCAACCUGGGGACUCCUUUCCCUCACUGGCAUCGACGUGGCCUCCCAGUUUUUGAAGGAGCUCAACAUUUGCUACGAACUGAUCCAGUAGAAGACAAAGAAGGAUUUUUCAUCGCUCUGUUCACCAAGCACGUUGAAGAACCUUCUAAAGUCCGCCUAAAAUCCGGGACCACAAUUACAAGUCUCAAGAGGAAGAGAUGUUCUGUUCCAUUUUUAGGUACUAAUUUGUUUAAAAUGUGGUUAAAUUUGAACUGAUCACAUCAAUCUCGCACCAGAAAUUGUUAGAAAUUAUUUUUACUCUUUCAUUAUCUUAUCACUCACACAAGGAUUACAUGAAAA